GCUUCGCGGCCCAAAAGGCGUUGCUGCUGGCUUAGUGUCCGUCCGAAAGAUGCGUCGCACCCCGACAGCAUCAGUAUCACCUCCGCGGUGUUAACUCCCGGAACACGGCACCAGAACCAGAAGAGAAACCGGCGUCGCUCUUUUGCGACUCGACGGGGCCAGUAGUGGAGGCAGUAUUCCGGAAUAGCCGAGAUGGGAGACCAGAAGGUCAGGAACGGGCGGCCUCUCCCAACAUGGACGCAGUCUUCAACAGUGACUGUCUACCCGGUUUUUAGAUGCUACAUUGACGGGGACACGUCGUGUUUGUUGCUGCUGUUUUUUUUCUCUCAAUAUUUUUCUUCGGCUUGUCGUUGAAUGCGGUUGCUCCACUCCAAUGGCUGCUCAGCUGCAUGAUUAAAUUAUGAAUGCGCAUCCUUCCGGCCGUGAAGUGGCCUCCUCGGUGCUCAGGUCAGGCGAAAUCAGCCAAUCAGGACAAAGAAUAUCCAUCACAUGGCCGAAGGAGCCUCCAAGGCAACGUGACUCACCUAAAUGCGUCAAGAGUCACUGCGUAAAAUCACCCACACGCUGGCCACCAAGAAUGAAGAGAUCUCAAAUUUCGUCUGCAGUCUCAAACAGAGCCUGGACAACCUGGAGGCCAACUCUACCCGAGUGCAGGAAGACCUGGAGUCAGAGUUCAACUCCCUCCACUCGGUUCUGGAUGAGAUGAAGGAGAACAUGUUGACACGCAUUAAACAGGAACGAGCCAGCCGCACAUACGAGCUGCAGAGUCAGCUGAGCGCCUGCUCCAAAGCGCUGGAGAGUUCGGAGGAGCUGCUGGAGCUGGCCAAUCAGACGCUUUGUUCCUCCGGAACGGACGGCUUCACACAGGCGGCCAAAGACAUUAAGGAUAGCGUGACGAUGGCUCCAGCCUUCCGCCUCUCCCUGAAGGCCAAGGCCAGUGACAACAUGAGCCAUUUGAUGGUGGACUUCUGCCAGGAGAAGGCCCUGCUGCAGGGUCUCAAUUUUCUUCCAGUUCCGCCCACGCCAGAGAUCCAGCUGUCCGAGUGCCAGGUGUGUGACAACACUGUGACUGUCGUCUGGACACUAGCGGAGCCCGACAGCAAAAUAGACCACUACAUCUUGGAGCAUCGGCGUACCAACCAUGAGGGUCUGCCACGCAUCAGAGAGGACUAUCCCUGGAUGGUUGUGGAGGGCAUACGGGAGAUGGAGCACACGCUCACAGGUCUGCGCUUUGACACCCGCUUCAUGACCUUCAGGGUGAGGGCGUGUAACAAGGCUGUGGCAGGAGAUUUCUCAGAGCCCGUUACGCUGGAAACUCAUGCCUUCACUUUUAAACUGGACUCAGCCUCGGCCCACCAGAACUUGAAGAUAGAGGAUCUGAACGUGGAGUGGGAUGGCACCGGUGGAAAGAUCCAGGAUAUUCGCAAAGAGAAGACCCGAACCAACUCGCCCAUGCAGUCUCCAGCCAGGUCGGCGCUGAUGUCGCCAAAACGAGCCCCGACGGCCCGGCCCAACAGAGACCGCUUCACAGCAGAGUCCUACACGGUGCUGGCUGACACAGCCAUAGACGCCGGCCAGCAGUACUGGGAGGUGCGCUUCGACAAAGAGAGUAAGGCUUUCGCCGUGGGCGUGGCCGUGCGGAGCCUGGGCCGCUUCGACCAGCUGGGGAAAAGCAGUGCUUCCUGGUGCAUCCAUCUGAACAACUGGCUCCAGCAGAGUCUCACCGCCAAGCACAACAACAAGGCCCGUCCGCUAGACUGCCCCAUCCCAAGCAGUAUAGGAGUCUACUGUAACUACGAUGAAGGCGUGCUGUCCUUCUUCAACGCCAAAACCAAGCAGCUGAUGCACACCUUCAGGACCAAAUUCCAGCAGCCGCUCAUCCCAGCGUUCAUGGUGUGGAACGGCAGCUUCUCGGUGGUGACGGGCCUGCAGGUCCCGAGCGUGGUGCAGAGCGGUCAGAGGAAGAACAGCGGCACCAGCAGCUCCAAUGCCAGCCUCACUUAGACCCUCCGUCCCUCACUCCUCCAGCCCACCAUCAACCUCCCCUGCAUGACUGCAGUCUCCGGCGGUGUUAUUCAGCCGUCCCUUGACCCGCCACGGCAGAAGAGUUGGCAUCGACAUGCCGCACCCACGCCUCACGGGCGCUUUCUUUGCUCUUCUUGCGGGUCCAACUCCGUCCCAUCAGUUAGCGCUGGCCGCUGCCCUUUUUCUUAAAGCCCUCCGUCGCUCUCUCCCUGUGCCUUUCUUCUCAUUUCUACAUCGCCGCAGAGAGAGCGAUGCCCCUCCCCAUUUCACGUUAAAGCAUUUGUCAAUGUUUCUUGUGUCAAUAGUAACGCGUAGCUUAUUGUUACUUAUGCGCCUCGUCUUAUUUAAUCCAAAUUAAAAACACGCUAACGGAUACAACGUAGCGCUGAUAUCACAGUCAGUAACUCUAACUUUGAAUCGUACUUAACAUAGCUUAGGCUCUUUUUGGAGCUCCGCUGGGUGCCCCAUUUACAAAGAGUUCCUGAAAAAUGUGACUUGGCAUUUUUCCACCUUUGACUUCUACAGUGAUACCCAGUGAUAUUUACACAACUUGGUUGUCGACAACAACCUAGUUCCUGCUUUUGAUCCCUUUUUUUUUUUUUUUAAACGCGAUCCCAUUAGUCAUUCAUCUCUUUCGCGCAGCACUCCCGCAACAUCCGAUCCUGGAAUUUAUCCACCUUUGAUUUUUACACAGACCCCAUUAACAAAUCAAUGCUUCUCAUCAAAUCAUUUGGGUUUGACAAAGUAUCAGACAGUUACUACUUCCAGACCCUGCAAAAUUUGACCUGAGUAUUUAUUCUUAUUUGACUUCGAUCGACAUUGCUGCAUCUCUCAAAAACAACAGAAGUCACUGGUUUUACACAAACAGCCUGCAAAAUUGCCUAAUUGGCCUCACGGCUUUAAGACGGAUCUGCCAUUGAUGCUUUUUGAGUCUUUUUUUUUUUUUCAAUGAUCAGAAAAGGAUUCACCUGAGUGACAUUUACUUGCAGAGCCUGCCAGACGAGUCAAAACCUAACAAAUGGAUUCAUCCGUCAUUAACUUUUGCACGGCACACAGCUAUAUUCGCGCAACUUUGCCAGCAGCAAUCACUGCUUUUAAUUUUAUGUUCUCUGUAGUCUCUGACUAACCUCUUUUACACUGAGAGCCUGCAAUAUAGCUAUAAGUGAAAAUCCCGGCAUUUGGCUGUCUUUGACUUUUAUACAGAACCCAGCAAUAUUUGCUGCACCUCUGUAAUCAACAAGGGUCACUUCAUUUCCUUUUUUUGAACGAAUUCCAAUAUCAGACACUCACCGCUUUUACACAGAGAGCCUGCGAAAUUCUCCCAAAUAAAACAGACUGCAUUUAUCUCCUUUUUGGCAUUCACACGGAACACAGCGAAAGUGGUAUGUUGCUGCCUUCACACUGCGCCAGCAACUGGUGUGACAUAUGUAAUACAAUAGUGCCUUGAGGUACAAUUUUAAUUGAUUCUCAAAACACUUGUUUCUCAAUUCAUGUUUUCAUAUUGAAAUGAGCGGAAAUGCAAAUGCCAUUAAUCAGACUUCUAAAAAAAAUCAAAUUGGGGUAAAAUAUAUUUUAAUGAGGAAAACUAGCACUUCAUAAUAUUAUACUUUGUAAAAAGUUACAGGUAGGCAUAAGAGGCACUUCAUAAUGAUAUCAUUAAAUAGAAUGAAACAUUUUUUUGUCACAUUCCAUCUAUUGAAUGGCCAUUGUGUUGCUUUUUCUGGUCUGGCCACCUGGGAGCAGUCUAAGACAGACUAAUUAAUAUACUAUACUGUUCGUUCUAUGUGAAGGAUAAAAAAUAUAUGACUGUAUUGGUAUAUUGUCUGUCUGCGCCGUUUGUGUUCAGUCCAAUGUUUUGAGGGUUACAUUAUUACAACGUUGCUGCUAUUUAGCAUUAAGCUAGCGGACUGAAAGGUUAAAAUUGGUGGUUGUUUUCAACACAAAGUGCAAUUCUUCUUGUUUUAUGUUUCGUUUGACACUAAAUUCUAACUGCAAGUGUCAUCUCUAGUCACUUGUAUCUCAAGGCAUAACUGUACAUGUCCGUCGGCAGUAACUUUUCAGCGCAGCAUGACAAAAAAAGUGAGUGUCAGGUGGUAAACUUGAUGCAUCACGUGGAUAAUUGCCAAGUGGACUUCAUCACUCGAGUCCAUGUUUAUUACUUUUUAUCCAAAACGGCAAUAUGGAGAAAAGGUGGGAAAAUGCCAGUAGUGAAAAGGGGCUUUUCGAUGAUAACAUUCAACCUCAUUUCUUAUCAUUACUGCAAUUGUUUUCUUUUAGAAUCGUGUUUUGUCUGGGGACUUGUACGCUGGAUGUCAUUUCAAGAAGGGAUGCGCAAGUAGAGACCGGUAACCUCACUAAACCUCAUUCUUGCUUCCAAUAAGCACAUUUUAUUCCCUUUCAAUGGAAAGGGUCUGUCUGCAUGUAUCAAGCAAGCUCUGUUUGUGAACGACUUCAGCCGAUUGGCAAGCGCCGAAUACACUCUUGGAAUUUGUGUGUGGAUUGUCUUGAGUGUGUGAGGGCGCACGAUUACCUCCGAUUUGCUUCCUCGUUGCCGGCCCUUUCAAUUUUGGCCUUGGAAAAUGUGCGUGUAGAUGCUUUGAAGAAGCACUCCGCUGGGAAUAUUUUUGUUUCUUGACGCGCUCCCCAAAUGCCCCACCACAUUCUGUAAAUAGUUGCUUUUUUGGGUGGGGGGGGGGGCAUAUUAACCAGUCACCAUUCAGUGAGGGAAUAAAGGAGUGAGAUCACUUUU